AUAUUCUGCUUACAAUUUGCGGACUGCCAUACCUGGUACUACCCCUUGAGCAUCAUCAAUUCGAUCAACGUCAAUAUGCCUCCGCCUACUCCCUCUGUACCCGAGGGUUGGAAAGCCGAGUUUGACGAUCGGUAUCAAGCAUGGUACUAUAUCAAUAUCCAUACCAGACAGUCCCACUGGGAACGACCAGACCAGCCAGCCCCGCCUGCUGGACCCGUUCCGCCUCCUGCCGGGCCCCCACCCAGUCGUGAGGCUGCUACUACUACUACUACACGCCAUCGACCAGUGGGCCAAGGAGAUCCGAAUCCAGAUGACCAUAACCUACCGGAAGUGUACACUCCACAGCCUUCGUCACAGUCUGCCUACGCGCCAAACCCAGAACAAGGAUACACUAGCUACCAGCAGCCACAAUACAGUUACAACGGCUAUAAUCACAACCUUACUUAUUCCCCGUACCCUGCAUAUCCGAAUCAGUAUCUCAAUCCAUACCAAAACACCUAUGAUCCAUCCCAGCCUCCCCACAACCAGAAGCAGAAGAAAAGCUUAGGGAAGAAAGUUGCAGCUGCCCUAGGAUUAGGCGGAGGAGGACUGAUCAGCGGAAUUCUACUCGGGGAGACUAUCUAGUCAAGCACUACAAAUACUACAGAAUGAUUUUGCUAGCCUGCCACUGCCACUGUCCCUGAUGUGAGACCUCAGUCUCCCACACCUCAUCCUGUGACUGCUAUGUUAAAAUUAUAUAUUAAUAGAUAAUCAACU